AUGGAAACAGUCGAAACUAGGGAUCACCCAAGAGAAAAACUUAUGUUUUGUGAUCACUUUACAAUCUUUAAUUUCCAUUCAACAAGAGCUGCCGCAAGUACUGUUGCAGCACAAGGUGGCAUGGAUAUAGUCGCAGUCAAACAGCAUGCAAACUGGUCUCUCACAAGCAACACCUUUGAGAGAUACUACUACAAGCCAAACUCCCGGUAUGAACAAGUGGCAGAAAUGGUGGACCAAAUUAUUUUUAUGGAUACUAUAUACGAUACCAUAUCAGAAGGAGCUGGAGAGGAUGCAGCAAUCCCUGUGUUAUAA